CCACUCUGGAGGAGGACGCGCGUGGGGAGAGUCAGUGGCUCCAUCCAGAUCAGAGCCAAGGCGCCGGGCGGAGCUCUUUCGCCUUGCUUUGCCUUUCCCUUCCUUCUUCCCCAUUCUCCUUCUCUGUCUCCCUUUCUUCUCCCCCGCCCCUCAUUGUCUCCCUCUUGCCCCAUUCUCCCUCCUCGCGAUGGGCGAGGGGAGGAAGAGCAGCCGCUUGUGGGACUGACUGAAGCAGAGGGGUCGGGAACGUCUCCUUCGGGCACUCCUUUGCGGCUCCUGCCGCUUCCCCUCAGAUGUGCGACCUCCUGGACGCCCCGCCGUCCGCCGAGAAGAAGCUCAGCAGGAUGAAAAAGUUGAGGCGAACUUUGUCGGAGAGUUUCGGCCGCCUGGCCUUGAAGAAAGACGAUAGUGGCUUUGACGAGAUAUGUGUCACAAAGAUGUCUACACGGAACUGCCAAGGAAUGGAUUCUGUGAUCAAGCCCUUGGACACAAUUCCAGAAGACAAAAAAGUCAGAGUUCAGAGGACACAAAGCACUUUUGAUCCAUUUGAGAAGCCAAAUAAUCAAGUGAAGCGGGUACAUUCAGAGAACAAUGCCUGCAUUAACUUCAAGACUUCGUCUACUGGGAAAGAAUCUCCUAAAAUCAGACGACAUUCCAGUCCUAGCUCUCCAACGAGUCCCAAAUUUGGAAAAGCAGACUCAUACGAAAAACUGGAAAAACUAGGGGAAGGUUCAUAUGCCACAGUAUAUAAAGGCAAAAGCAAAGUAAAUGGGAAGCUGGUGGCAUUAAAGGUGAUAAGACUUCAAGAAGAGGAAGGCACACCAUUCACUGCCAUCAGAGAAGCUUCUCUCUUGAAAGGUCUAAAACAUGCUAACAUUGUGCUGCUUCAUGAUAUCAUUCACACAAAAGAGACAUUGACACUGGUAUUUGAGUUUGUGCACACUGAUUUAUGUCAGUACAUGGACAAGUAUCCUGGAGGACUUCAUCCAGACAAUGUGAAGUUAUUUUUAUUUCAAUUGCUGCGAGGACUUUCGUACAUCCACCAGCGUUUCAUUUUGCACAGGGACCUGAAACCGCAAAACCUUCUGAUCAGUGACACUGGGGAAUUGAAGCUGGCAGAUUUUGGACUUGCAAGAGCCAAAUCUAUCCCAAGUCAUACAUAUUCUAAUGAAGUGGUUACCUUGUGGUACAGACCUCCAGAUGUCCUUUUAGGCUCAACAGAGUAUUCCACCUGCCUCGAUAUGUGGGGAGUUGGUUGCAUCUUUGUGGAAAUGAUUCAAGGUGUUGCUGCUUUUCCAGGAAUGAAAGACAUUCAAGAUCAGCUUGAAAGAAUAUUUUUGGUGCUUGGUACCCCAAAUGAGGAGUCGUGGCCUGGAGUUCAUUCUCUGCCCCAUUUCAAGCCAGAUCGCUUUACACAGUACAGUGCAAAAAACCUUAGGCAAGCCUGGAACAAGCUAAGCUAUGUGAACCAUGCAGAGGAUCUGGCCUCCAAAUUACUCCAAUGUUUCCCAAAGAACAGAUUGUCAGCACAAGCAGCUCUGAGCCAUGAGUAUUUCAGUGAUUUGCCCCCACGGCUAUGGGAGCUAACUGACAUGUCUUCUAUUUUUUCUGUCCCGAAUGUAAGAUUACAAGCAGAGGCUGGAGAAAGCUUGAAAGUGUUUGGAAAAAACAAUAUUUAUGGCAAGGGUUUAUCAAACAAUAAGCACUGAAGAAUUUUGGUUUCUCAUACACAAUUCAGGAUGCUGUAAUCCAGAGCAGAAGAUGAGGAACCGUCUGUGGUACCCUAGAGUAGGGCUUCUUAAACUUUUCCCACUCACAACGUCUUUCCACCCAAGAAAUCUCUACAUGAAACCAGAAAUAUACAAGCAGUCCCCAAAUUACAAACAAGAUAAACUCCUGUAGGUUUGUUCUUAAGUUGAAUUUGUGUGUAAGUUGGAAUAGGUACAUUUUUAAGUGUAACUCCAGACAUACAUACACACACACACAUGCACAGAGCUACACACACAUAUAUGCAGAUCUGUGCCCCUGUUCAGAAGAUUUCACCUCACUUUCUGUCACUGUGAUAAUUGGAUUUUGAAAAAUUUGGCUUGUUGCGGAAACAAGGAUUGGUGAUAAAACUUCAGUGGAGACACCUUUUCCUCAUGAUAACUCUUUCAAGAGUCAAUUUUUCUUCCUAGGGACAGAUUUCUCUCACUUCCUAAUGUCUCACCCCUGUUCUUAACAUCAGUUGUUUUUAAGUCAGAUGUUUAUAUCUCCGGGACUGCCUGUAUAUAAAAUAAGUAUAAAAAUUAAACCUUCACUGAUAAUAGCGUGCUAAAUAGGCUGAAUUCUUUUUGUGGUGUACAGCUGAAGUGGUUUCUGCACUCCACUGUAAAUGCUGCAUGUUGUUACCAACAUACUUGUUUAAAUAGAUAGCAUUCAGAAACCUUUUAGUGUUGCCAAAUUUUCUGUGACCCCUUACAUUUAUGUGGGCCCAUUUGGGGUUGAGACCCACAGUUUAAAAAGCUGUGCCAUAGAGGGCAAAACACACCCUCUAUGUUUUCACACACACACACACACACACACACACAAUAUGCUCUUUGAGUUGCUUAAAAUAAUUGAAAAUAUCAAAGUAAAUAAAUAUUUAUUUCACAAUCUCUAGGCUUUCUUUAAGCAUGGAAGUAUCCCAAGGUAAUAUGCAUAAUAAUAGCAAAUAUAAUAGCAAAUAUAAUACAAAAUAUAAUACAAAUAUAAUACAAAAAAAUUGAUAUGUUGGUAAGGCUGUCAUAGGUUUCAGAGCAACAUUCACUAAUGUCUAGUGCAAAUCACAGUUUUACUAGUUUUGCAUUGAGUCUAAAAAAGACUGAGAUCACCGGUCUCAUCCAGUCUCCUUUCUCUCUGUCUCAGGGAGUGAAUUUGAUUUUUUAUAUAUAUUGCAGCACAGUCUGAGCAUUCACUUCCCCUUUGCAAAUCACAGGUUUAAUGUUUUGCUGUAUCAGAAGGGAGAGACUUGAUACUGAAAUCAAAAGCAAAUUUAAAUGCUUCCCCUUGCUUUAUAAAACGUACAGAUAAGGUUUGUUAAUGUAAAGAUUUGCACCUAAAUAAAAGGAAGCAUCUUUCAUGAAGGCCUAACCUCAGUUAUGUGGAUGAUUGUUUCAGUGGAUAAUAUUUAAAUGUAAUGAUUUCAGUUAACAGAGCUUUCCCAAUACUGAUAGCAAUACAAUUGUGCAUUCCUGUCAUGAACAAUUCAUCUUUUUUCUUUCUUUUGCGGUACAAUUGCUGCUGAAUUUGAGAUACCAAAUAGAGUUUUUUUGUUCCUUGUCCACUGUAUUAUUAACAGAAGGAUAAAAGAUUAUCACUAAGCAAUCUUUUUGGUCUGUCAGUGGUCAUUCUGAGUAUGAAAGACUGAGCUGAGCUGGACUGAUACUCUAGAAUGACAUUUGAAUACACAGAGGACAAUAUCUUCAUGACAAUGGCUAAAAGGAGAAGCAAAAGAAAUUCUAAACCAUUCAAUUUCUCCCAUAGAGUGCUAUCUUUCCUCCUCUUUUUUAAGGUUAUUGUGUAACAUGAUCCUUGGGUUGGGUUUUUCUGUGGGAAAGGAGUAAGAGAUAAAACCCCUGCAAGGGAAAAACUGAGGUUACCAGAUAAAGCUUUAUUUCUGACACAUGGCCUGUGACCUAUGCUGAUAGUGAAACCAAUGAGAAACGUUUCUGAGGUAUAUUUUACAGCAGUUCAAAAUUAAGAAAUCAGUGCAUCUUUUUGUAGAAUUUCAAAGUAAAAUUUACAUUUAGUUAUAAGCCCUCUGAAAUACCAAGAUUGUCAGUGGUAACUAGAGCUCUAAAAAGAUUUACAACUGAAAUAUUUAUGUAUCCUAUACAGUGACUAAAGCAGUCCAUGAAACAAAGAAAACUAAACACCCUAAGGACUCAGUUCAGCUGUCUGUUCGCUCUUUAUAACACCCAGCAAGGUUAAUGGGGAAUUAAACAUUCUUUGCUGCAGGAAGAAUCUUGCCUAUUGGUGAAGAGACAUUUAAGCAUCCGUUCAAUCAGAUUUCAUAACUUUGUUAUACUAGUAUAUGUCCUCACAAUAAAUUAUAUUGAUAUUAAAGGUCUAAUGAAGGGUAGUGGAGAGGACAGAUGAAAUUCACAAUUGAAAUGAAUUGAAAUAUUUAUCUUAGCAUAAUAGGAAACAUAACUUCUUAUGGUCACAUGUAAAAGUUGCUGACAAAAAAACCCCUUCAUAUCUCAAACUCCCAGCCAGUUGGUUUCAGCUGUAUGGUUCCAUCCAAAGUCACAUCAGUAGGAGUUCCCAGCCUUUUCAUGCAUAUUGGACGGUAUGUUGCAGACAGAGUGAGAAUCCAGUUUACCGGCAGUGUCCAUUCUGCUGCUGGAAAAUGGUAUUGAUCAUUUAAACAAUCUGUUAAAAUUUCAAAUAUAUAGUAAUUUCAGUUCCGUUAAUUCUGUGAAUCUAUGACUCUAAAGGUGGCUCAAUAUGUAUCCAAACCUGUUCAGUUUUGGGGUAAGACUUGAACAGAAUUUGAGAUUGCGUGCAUCUCAAAACUGAAGUAAAGAAAUGUAUAAAUACAUACAGCUAAAUCACUGGAUGGCCUUUCUUAAUAAUGUACAAUUCUGGCAUGAAAUACUUUUCUGACACGAAAAAGCAACUGGAUUUAAACUUUUAUUAAAUAAUAGUGCCACUAUCACAGAUAAGUAAUAUAGAGAAGUUGUUUAUGUUUUUUGUUCAUACUAAAAUUCAAUAUUUAAAACCAUCAUCAUGUAAGCUGUUGAAAUGUUGUUUUUGUUAUUUGAUCAGUUCAAAAAUGCACUUUUCCAAGAUACUAGAAUGCCUUUAAUCAAAGCAGAAAAAAAUACAUAAACUCACAAAAAUGAAGGCAUUCCUAAUAAUUGCAUCUGCUAAAAUUACAUAGCUUUCAAAAAUUAAUUAGGUUUCAUCCACAUAAUCAACAAACUGUAAAAACAAAUAACAACUCUCAAGCUAUCUUAAAGCCUAAUACAUUUUAUUAUGGCAUUCCCAUCUUUGCACACUGUCCACUGUAUCAUAUGAAUGAAGUAUUACCUUAAUUGGCAGAACUACAAAUAUAGUGCUGAAAAUAUAUAUAUAUAACAUCUGGGGCAGUUUUUACAGCCCACAAAUUGUGUUCUUAGGUUAUGUUCACAACCCGCUCUUUGAGUAUGCAUAUUCAUUUCUAGCUGCAAACAUUCCUUUUUCACAAGCUUUUCAUAUCUUAAUUAAUUUUAAGAAUCCUAUUUAACAAAGCAUCCUGUGGGAAUUGAGUAUAUAUGUGACAGAGGAAAGCAAUGCGGGUUUUUUUGUAUUUAUAAGGUGAAUUCGCCUUGUCUUCAUUUUUAAAAGCACAGCUCAGAGGUUUUGCUCUCGACAUGAUCUCAAGAUGGAAAGAAAUCAGUAAUUACAGGGCCAGGCAUUCAGUUCUGUCCUAAUUUUCCCACCAGUUUUUCAGUGUUUCAGCUGCCUUCGAGACUUAAAAUAUUCUCAUUAGGUAGCUGUAGAGGCAGCUUGCUUGCCUACUCCCUCAUUCUCUUGCUAGCUUUCCCUUUCUUUCUGCUUCUUUCUUUUCUCCCCCUGCCUUGGGAGUGACUGUGAAGAUCAUUUGCCGGAAUGAUUGGCAGGUUAGAGGAUUCAAUGAGAUGAGUUUCUCUUAGCGCAGGUCAAAAAGGCUAGUUAGCAGGAGCUGUCGAAAAAUGCCAGCAGCAUUCGAAAUGGGAAAUGUCAUGACUUCGAGGCAGGGGGUGCCACCUGGAACAGAGAGCCCCCAGCUCAUUAGCAAGUUCCAGGAUGCACGCUUAACUGGAGGGAGCAGGGAAGGAAAGAUAAUGCCCAAUAGGGAAAAUUAUUGUGAAGUGGAAUUGAUUUCAUGUAUAAUUUGUUUAUCACUAGAGGGGACAAAUGCUGCCCAACUGACAUGUGCAGAGGAGUGUGGACUGUGAAUGAAGCAAUUUAGCAUAAUCUCUAGGUUGAGCUCUGGAUUUAAAGAAUGCAAACUUCUUUCUUCCUAACUGUGGAAAUGAUCAGGUCAUGUUGUAUUAAUUAAACCUGACAUACUCUCAAAUGGUUUAUCUCUGCAAUUGUAGCAAUUCAGCAGAAGCUUGUAUAUAUGGGUUGCAUUCAUUAUAAAGCAGGGAGGGGUAGGAAAUUCUAGAUAUGAUAUCCCCCUCUCUGUUCCCAGAUUGGCUUCUGCUGGGGGAAAAAAACCUGUCUCCGUCACAGACUGAAUUAUAAACCAGCUCAUGUUUAUUUUCAGUGGAUAGGCAGACUGCAUAAAAUCAGAACACCAUUUCUGGUUUACAGUAUAAUAUUAUUUGACUUCCUUCAGGAAACACUGUUCAAACUAUUCAAAUUUUCUCAAUAAAAAUAUUAAUAGCUUAGGCUUUGGUAAAGUCAAUUAACUCUGUCCCCUCCCUGUUUUGUAAUGCUAGCAUCUAAUAAGCUAUUCCAGCCUAGACAUGAGCGCAGUGUUCUUUAAGAAAUUUCUGUAGUUGUGUGUAACUCUGAAUAUUUUUCAGCUCAACUGCUUUAGUUAAAUUCUAAAAGUAACGGUAUUGUUAAUUUAUUCCCUGAAAGGCAGUUAAGGGAGUGUGUGUGCAAGUAUUGCUGUUUGGUUUUUAAAUAUUUAUAUUUGGUAGUUAAAAUAAAGAGAAAGGCAAUAUGGUGUAGUGGUUUGAGCAUUGGACUUUGAUUCCCAAAACGAGGAUUCAAAUACCUGUGUGACCAUGGAAACCCGCUGGGAGACCUUGGGCAAGUCAUAUUAUCUCAACCUCAGAGGAAGUUAAAGGUAAAGGCAAAAACCCUGUUAAACUGCUUCCCCUCAAACAAAAAUGAAAAAAUAAUAUACAUAGAAUAUGCAAGACAGGUAUCAGUAUUUGCUAUUACACACAAAGUAUAUACAUCUUUGAUUUAACUGGAUUUUCCAUUCUUUACACUCUAAAUUUUAAACUAAGUACAAAUGAACCAGAACUCUGGAUCACCAUAGUGGUAGCCAGUUGAUUACAUAUCUUUUGUUUAAAAUAAAAUAAAAUAAGGAGUGUUGUGACUACAGAGUUUCCCUAGUUUACAUUCCAGGUAUAUUACCCUCCUUGCUCCCCCUAUCCAGAUAGAAUGAAGAACAAAGUAAAAACAAAUACAGAUGGUAGACUAAAGUGGAUGAAAUCCAUUUUGUCCUUCAGCUGCCUAAGAUAAAAUACAUUACUUACACAUGAGCAUGGUGUUGGGAGUUGUAGCUUCACCUGUUAUCUGGCAAAAUUGGGCCACCAAUAAUUUUAUUUAGUUGAUCCUCCCCAGGAAUUAUUAAUUUGAAUUAUAUUAGUAAUAACUUGACUGUCGAUGUUGAGCUUUCCCACCUUACAAACACUUUGCUCAGGUCUUAAAUGAUAGGGUUUAGUAAAAAGCAGUACCAAAUGCAGGAACAAAAAGUAUAUGUACUGUACAAGGCAUUGCAGCAUAUGGGUUUUUUUCUUACAAGGUUGACUGGCUAUCCUACAGACAUCUUCUCUUCUCAUACCAAACUAACCUGAUUUUUUUUUCCGAUAGAGUUACAAGCUGGGUAGAUGCGGGGAACACCAUGGAUGUAGCCUAUCUGGAUUUCAGUAAGGGCUUCAACAAGGUCCCCCAUGACCUUCUGGCAAACAAGCUAGUCAAAUGUGGGCUAGGCAAAACUACGGUUAGGUGGAUCUGUAAUUGGUUAAGCGAACAAACCCAAAGGGUGCUCACCAAUGUGUUUUCUUCGUCCUGGAAAGAAUUCACGAGUGGAGUGCCGCAGGGUUCAGUCCUGGUCCCAGUUCUGUUCAACAGCUUUAUUAAUGACUUAGAUGAAGGGUUAGAAGGCAUGAUCAUCAAGUUUGCAGAUGACACCAAAUUGGGAGGGAUAGCCAACAUUCCAGAAGACGGGAGCAGAAUCCAAAACGAUCUUAACAGACUAGAGAGAUGGGCCGAAACUAGCAAAAUGAAGUUCAACAGGGACAAAUACAAGAUACUCCACUUAGGCAGAAAAAAUGAAAUGCAAAGAUACAGAAUGGGGGACGCAGUAUGCGUGAAAAAGAUAUUGGAGUCCUUGUAGACAACAAGUUAAACAUGAGGCUACAAUGUGAUGCGGCAGCAAAAAAAAGCCAAUGGGAUUUUGGCCUGCAUAAAUAGGGGUACAGUGUUCUCUCACUACUUCGCAGUUCACUUUUUGCAGAUUCACUGUUUUGUGGUUUUUCAAUAAACCCUAAAAGACUAUUAUAAAUCAUAAAAAAUUAUAAUUUACAGCCUAACGAAGGGAGAAAAGAGAGGCCAAAGGGAGAGAAAAGGAGCCCAAGCGGCAACGGGAGGAGAAGGAGGCGAUUUAUCAACACACGAUUGGUUGAUAAAGACUUAAAAUAGUGUAUAACUACUAAAAUAAUGUAUAAAUAAUAUUAAAAUAAAUGUAGCAUCCCUACUUCGCGGAUUUUCACUUAUUGCGGGUGGUCCUGGAACCUAACCCCAGCGAUAAGUGAGGGAGCACUGUAUAGCGUCUAGAUCCAGGGAAGUCAUGUUACCCCUCUAUUCUGCCUUGGGCAGGCCACACCUGGAAUACUGUGUCCAAUUCUGGGCACCGCAUUUGAAGGGAGAUGUUCCUCUGGCAUGUGUUUAUUGAAUUUUUAACCUUAAAUAGAGUGAAAGUGGGGGAACAAAAUGUGUUGGAAAAGAAAAGAAUGAAACAUAGCAGAAAGGAGAAAGGAAGAGCCGGGAACGGGAAAGGUGAAAAAGGAAAAAAAAGAAAAGAAAGAAAAGUGGUUCGACUUCCCAUCCGUCUCUCAAGGGUUCAGAACUCAUCAUUUGCAGUUCUUCUGUCUAUCCAAGCUACCUAUUUCUAACAUUUCUUUAUAAACCAAACGUAUCUAUUAAAAAUGUAUUUCCAUUCUUCUUAAUAAAGUCUCUAAAACUUGACCAAUCAGCUUUUUUCUUUCCUUCGCUCAAUUUUUGGCUCAAACACUCCCAUACUUUGAGGAUCCAGUCGUCUACAGUUGGUACUUUCUUAUCCUUCCAUACUCUUGCUAAUACAAGUCUCGCUGCGGUACUUAAGUAAAAAAAAAGUCUAUCUUGAUUUUCAUUCAAUUUGGAAUUUGUUAAGCCCAAUAGGUACAUUUUAGAUUCUAAUUUAAAUUUUAUUUUUAACAUUUCUUGUAUCUUUUAGUGAAUCUUAUCCCAAUUUUUAAAAACUUUUUUGCAUUCCCACCACUGACGUAUAUACAUUCCUGUUUCUCUGCUGCAUUUCCAGCAUUUUUUGAGCCUUUUUUAUUGAACUUUCCUAGCUUUACCGGGGUAUAAUACCAUCUGUAUUGCAUUUUAUACCAGUUUUCCCUGAUAUCUAUUGCAGUUGUAAAUUUUAGUUUUUUAGUCCAUAUUUCGUCCCAUUCUUUUAAUUUGAUAUUAUGUCCAAUAUCUUUGGUCCACUUUCUUUGAAGGGAGAUGCUGACAAGCUGGAAAGCGUCCAGAGGAGGGUGACUAAAAUUAUUAAGAGUCCAGAGAACAAGCCAUAUGAGGAACAGCUUAAAGAGCUGGGCAUGUUUAGCCUGCAGAAGAGAAGGCUGAGAGGAGACAUGAUAGCCAUGUAUAAAUAUGUAAGGGGAAGUCAUAGGGAGGAGGGAACAAGCUUGUUUUCUGCUGCCCUGCAGACUAGGAUGCGGAACAAUGGCUUCAAACUACAGGAAAGGAGAUUCCACCUAAACAUUAGGAAGAACUUCCUCACUGUGAAAGCUGUUUGGCACUGGAACUCUUUUCCUCAGAGUGUGGUGGAGGCUCCUUCUUUGGAGGCUUUUAAGCAGAGGCUGGAAGGCCAUCUGUCAGGGGUGCUUUGAAUGAGAUUUUCCUGCUUCUUGCAGGGGGUUGGACUGGAUGGCCCGUGAGGUCUCUUCCAACUCUAUUAUUCUAUGAUUCUAUUCUAUUAUUCUUAGCCACACUGCUAUACUCUGUGUGUUUCCCUAGCUACUGUGAAUAUAAUAUAUGUGAUGCAUAGGUCAGGUGUUACUGAUUGUCCUUGCAACUAGGCAUCAUGUAUGGCCAUGUCAAAUGACUGCAUGAAUGGAGAGUAGCAUCCUCAGCAAUCAACUGUUACCUGGAAUUGGUGGUCUAUAACGAAGCUCCUCCUCUUGAUUUCCUGACCUGGAUUUUAUCUUUUGAGAAUACAAUAGCAGUUUUUUCCAGUAUCCCCCACCUGUCUUUCCCAAAGUGCAUGCUCUGGUUUGGCCAGUUUUGGUCUUCAACUUCAGAGACUGCAAAUCAUAAUCAUGUAAUAUUUUUAUGGAGAUUCACUGAACAAUGUGACGUGCUUAUAAAGAAAGCCUGUAAGAGGCACACAUUAAUUUCAUUCAGCAGCCCGGCAUAAGUUGUAUGUUCUAUAUGAGGUCUGUUCCCGAUUGACUUUUAUUUGGAAUUCAUUUUAUUUUUGUUUAGUGUUCAGAAAUAGGGUAUUUUCUCUUCUACACCUGUGUAUAGUAAUUUUACUGAUUCUUUUCCUUUUACAUAAUGCUUCAUCCUAGUUUUACAUUAAAAUAUCAUAUACAUACAUGGUCUUACCAAAAUAUAUUUUGGAUGGAUAUGAGUAUAGAUAAUUAGAUUUUCUAGUAUUUAUAUUAGAACUUUGUUUAAAACUAGACUAUUUUAAAAAGCUAGUCAAGUUAGCAAUACAGACAGUUACCGCUGGAUUUUAUUUUAUUUUCAUUUUAUUGAAAUGGUCUAGUUUAUAGUGUUGGCUCAUUUUAUAUAUUAAAACAGUUGCUAAACACAUAGAGACACUAUUCAGCCAUGUAGGCUCAAAGUGUUUAGUUUUCCAUCCUUAUUUUUUUUUUGUAGUUUUCCAGAAUGCCUUAUAUUUCAGUAGGUAACAUAUGAACCAUUUAUGUAUGUUCUGAACUUGAGUCAGUUGCAAGGAAAUUUUGUUAAAGUUACACAUUGUUAAUACUUAGCGAGUGACAAGCUCCCCAUAGCUUAUGUUGAAAGGUCUGCAGUGGUGUGUGGCCACUGCAGUGCAACAUUUUCCAGGCCUCUUUCUGCCUCCCAGUACAAAUCAGUAAAGUGACCUCACUUCAUUAGACUGGGGGAAUGUGGGGGUGUCAAAUCAAGCUGUUCCUCAAUUUGAUAUAAUACCACAUCCCUUUUCUGCUUUCCUGUGCAAUACACUGGAAUGAUAUCACUCCUGUAGAUUUCACAUGGCAACACAAACAGAUUGUACCUACUGCUGAAAACCAAUCUAUUUUCAAGCACAUCAUUUUGUAUGUGACAUUUUCAGUCAUACAGUGUUUUUGUGUUUAAAUAGAAACUGGGAGGUUCAUAAUUUCAAGACUAGACAGUUUGUUGUUUGUUGUUGUUAACUACAUUCAGUAUAGAAAAAUUAAUAAAACAUUGUAAAAUCUAGAGCGAGAUUGGGGGGAGCGUGGACUGUAAACUCCAUAUGACCCCUCAAGUCCCCAGACCUUGAUUUAAAAAAACAACACUGGGUUUUCUUUCUUCCAAAGCACUGCAGGAACAGCUCAAAACACGACAAUUUAUCCCAAUCCCUCCUCUAAAAUCUCUGAAAACAAACAAAAGGAACAAAAUAGUGUUUUUUUAAAGCCCAAAUGAAACCACAAAUGAUGUCAUCUCCUUUCCAGCUUCAGUGCAGUGGUAUGACCUGGCUUACUAGGCUAUGAUGGGAUGAAAAGGGGGCUUCAAGUUAGUUUAGUUGUCCAUCCUGAUCUAAAAGUUUUGAAAGACAUUUGUUAUUUCUGGAUAGGCAGGGACCUAGGUAACUAUAGCAAUAGCCCACAAUGGGCUGUCAAAUGGUCUGAACUCUCUUUUUGUGAUCCAGAGUGAAAAAUAUAGCUGACCACUUGAUACAGUUCUUUAUAUUGCUGUUUGCAGAUGCAAUCAUGGCAAAUUUAGCUUUUUAAUAUUUUUAUUAGUUACUUACAUUGUUAUGGAACAAAUAGCCUCUAGACCAGUGGUUCUCAACCUGUGGGUCCCCAGGGGUUUUGGCCUAUAGAUCCCAGAAAUCCCAGCUAGUUUACCAGCUGUUAAGAUUUCUGGGAGCUUCUGGCAAGAUCUCCUGCAAAGGGACCACAAAAUCCCUAAAAGUUGUUAGGAUUAUUUGAAUCCAUUUAGCAUAUAACUACCCUGUUACAACAACUUUUUCAACAUAUUAUAACGUAUUUCUUCUUUGUGGUCUCUGUGAAUACACACAAACUUACACAGGUUCCAACGGAAAGCUUUCCAAGCUCUAAUUUUUAAGUUUUGGCGGUAACCCUGCCCACUCCUCACCAGGGCAUAAAAGGCACCCUGGCUGGCGGCUCCCCAGUUUCUUUUUUUUCUGCCGCCACAGCUACUUCGGAAACUUCGCUCUUCACCAGAGAUGUCUAACCUACGCUUCAAACGCUAAGAUUCCUGACUCAGAUGGGCAUUCACUGUGACUCCUCUGCCUUGGAGAAGACCACAUUGUCAAUGCGUGCAAGCACUGCCAGGCCUUCAUUGCACAGGCUAGAAAGAACAGGAAAGCGAGGCUUCACUCCCUGUUUUACCAAAAGGCUGUCACACCACUGACAUCUGAGACGCCUUCUCUCACACCAUCCCAAACAUCAAAAUUGUCAAAGAAAUUGACCACAUUGGCAACGAAGAUGACAUCUAUGCAACCCACAAAAAGUCGCCUCCUUUGAUAGUGGUGUCGCCAUUGGGCUUGAUCACGUUGAUACGGUCAACACACUCCAUAACUGCCAUUCCGCCAUCCUCAAUGAGGAUCGCGUUUAAAAGGUCUCACUGCACCACUGUCCGCAACAGCUUCUAUCCCUCCAACACCAGGGAAGUCGCUGGAGGCUGAACUUCAAAAGAAGAAGUCCUCCAGAAGAAGGAUGACUCAUCAGUCUUCUUUGUUCGCUUCAUCCAGGACUGAACUGGCAACCUCCUCUGAACAGUCCUCAUAUCGAUCAUUGCCAUCGCUCCCUCCAGCACAGGCUCCACAUUCACCUCUCGACUCGGUGGCUGAACCCUUCUCUGAAAGUGAGCUCCAAGACUCCCCUCAGAGAUCCACAAGCACCAUUAUACAGAGGCAGCUCCCAACCACUCCAAGGUCACCACCUAGUACAGGAUUGACAAUCAAGAGCCCAACUGGCUAGUACACCACCCAUCCCCUAACUUGGUGGUAGUAAAAUUAUCUCAGUCGUCCGACAAACAGAACAUCUUGCUGGCCAAUAGAUAAGGCAAACGUUUUAACACUGUGGGCAGGAAGCUGUACUCACCAGAAUAGCGAAUUAUGGAACCUGCAUGGGUGCUUAUCAACAACUCUUACGGGAAAAAUUGGUCCCUUUUCACACAAAAUUGUCAAAUGAGGACAGGGCAGUCCUCAAUACCCUCCAACAUAGAAGAACUCCCAUUCGACACCCUAGGACUCUUCGAUGCGGGCACGGACGACAAAAUAAAAUCUAACUAGGACUUUAAGCUUCUAGCUACCAUGUGCAGAAUGCACUCACCAACAAAAACGUCGAUAAGGAGCUAUAACCUUCCACCAUAUCCACCAACACAACCACAAAGCUCCUCCAGCCUCGACCCCUCAGCCCCGGCGCAAAAACCAACAGGAUCAGUGCCAACGUAACCACCCGAACACAACCAACCAAUCUAGGCACCAUGUUUGACGACCUGGGAUGAUGCAAGCUUCUCAUCAGGCACAGAUGCCUAUUUUACUGCACCAGUCCCUCUGCCAUUCGUCUAUCCCAUCCUUCCAGACAAAGGUCCUCCAUUCCAGGAUCCUGGUCACCUUCGGGUUCUGGACGUUAUCCAAAGAACUCUCACCAACAAGCCUAGUUCGCCGCAUGAUACCAUCACCACCCAACCUGGAGGAAAUUCAAUCUCUCCUAUCCAUCCCCCUUCUUCUCCAGGUACUUCACGGUACCGAAGAAAGACGGGUGCCUUUGCCCAAUCCUUGACCUCAGAGCCCUCAGUGCUUACCUCGAACCCAAGAAGUUUCGCAUGGUGAUAACGACCUCCAUCCUGCCUCUCCUGAAAGAAGACAACUGGUUUGCCAACAUAGACUUGCGUGACACAUACUUCCACAUUUUUGUUCGGCAAAUGCAAAUCAGCUCAUAUUGAUUCAUGGUCCUACCAUUCGGCCUCACAACAGCUUAAUGUGUGUUUACAAAGUGCAUGGCAGUGGUAGUCAAAAACCUGCAGAAGAGCUGCAUUGUCCUUCCCUACCUGGAAGACUGGUUACUCACAGCCCAGUCAGAACCAGCCCUGAGAAACAACCUAAACAUCACACACCCUCAAGUCACUGGACCUUAUCCUCAAUGAGGAAAAGUCAAACCUCCCAUCAAAGCAGAUUAAGUUCAUCUGAGUAAUCUUUGAUCCCACUCUCCAGUGGGCCUUCCUUCCCAUAUACAGAUUCAAAACCAUCCAUCGAGAGGUUGCUCAAAUCCAAAGGCUACACUGGGUCCGAACAAGACCAUCCAAACUGUUCUCAGGCAUAUGGCCUUGACAGUCUUGGUCAUGCCAUACUCUCACCUCCAUAUCUAUCCCCUCCAAAAGUGGUUUGUGGACAAUUUCAAUCCACUAUUACAUCACAAUUCAAAAUACCUCACCAUCCGUCUCCUUGUGGAGGGUCAGAAACCAUGCCUGUACCAGAGUGCCAUUCCACAAGCCCUCUCCCACGCAGUCCCUGAUGACAGGCUCAUCUAUCUUUGGAUGGGGAGCCCACUAUGGCCACCUCAUCACCCAAGCCCUGUGUUCACUGGCAGAAGCAAAGAGCCACAUAAAUCUCCUUGAACUUCUGGCCAUCUUCAAGGCCCUUCGAGCAUUCACCCCAGUACUCCGGACAAUACUACAGCAAUUUAUUAUAUAAACAAGUAGGGUGGCACCAGGUCCAGAAGACUGCUGACAUUGACCCUACAGUGAUGGGAUUGGUGUAUCGAUCACAACAUACACCCUCUAGCAGCGCAUCUCCUGGGGAAAGAAAACAACCUCAUAGACUGCCUCAGUUGCUCUAGCUCAACUUGCCAUGAGUGGAAGCUUGACCCCAGACACCUUAACCCAGUCUUUGACCGUUUGGGCUGACAAACGAUAGAUCCCUUUGCAUUCCCAUCCAGUGCUCAGCUGAACCUCUUUGCAACCAGGAAGAAGCCAGACACCUCGACAGGCUGCCUUGGGGAUGCUUUCCUCCUGCAGUAGACAGACUCCCUCUUCUAUGCCUUCUCACCUCUCCCUCUGAUUCUAAGGGUGGUCGAAUUGAUCUUCCUUCACAACACCAACUACAUCCGAAUGGCUCUGGCCUGGCCCAGACAGAUGUGGUACCCUGCUCUUAUGGUGUUGUGUCACCAGUACCUCAUCUUCUCUCAAUAGAGGGCAGUAAAAUGCUGCACCCAGACAUCCCCUCCCUCCAUCUGACCACCUAGAAGAUCCACUCCUAGCUGACUUCCCCCCCCCCCCCCCCGAAGAACUCUGUGCCUUUAAAGUUAGAGCUUGGAAAGCUUUUCAUUGGAACCUACGUAGGCACAGUUAAACCCAUUUGUGUGAAUUCACAGAGGACCACUCGAAAAAACAGAGUUACAGGAAAGCAACCUGUUCAUCAUAUAACUACCCUGUUACAACAGCUUCCCUCAUUCCUUCCCUAGUCAUUCCCUGGAUUUGUUGUUGUGUGCUUUCAAUUUGUUUCUGAAUUUAAGGGGGUUCACUACAGCUCACUGCAAAUAAUAUGAUAAUAUAUACAGUAGAAUCUCACUAAUCCAAGCUAAACGGGCCGGCAGAAGCUUGGAUAAGCGAAUAUCUUGGAUUAUAAGGACUGAUCAAGGAAAAGCCUAUUAAACAUCAAAUUAGGUUAUGAUUUUACAAAUUAAGCACCAAAACUUCAUGUUAUACAACAAAUUCGACAGAAAAAGUAGUUCAAUACGCAGUAAUGUUAUGUUGUAAUUACUGUAUUUACGAAUUUAGUACCAAAAUAUCACGAUAUAUUGGAAACAUUGACUACAAAAAUGGCUUGGAUUAUCCAGAGGCUUGGAUAAGCGAGGCUUGGAUUAGUGAGACUCUACUGUAUUACCCAACAAUAUACAAUAGAACUACAUUUCUUCCAUAUAGAAUUGACUGGGCUGGACAUUCUGUAAGAGCUCUGGCCUUGGUCUUCUCCCCCCCCCCCCCCCCAUUCAAUUCCAAGAGUUUAAAUGUUUGUCUGUGCCCCUAACCUAGCUACUUGACUUGGGUUUUAGAAAGUUGUCCUGUUCCUUGCUGUCUUUUUAAUUUAAAAAAAACUCACAUGGAUUAGCCUGUCUAACAACAAGAGCCAUAUGAUAGAUUUCCUCCAAUUCUAAUACUUUUUCUGAGACAGCAGUCCUUCUUGUUUUACAGAAUAUGACACACAGAGAGGCACCUAACCAAAUUCAUUCGAACAACAUAAUUCAGUAAAGCAUAGUUUAAACUUCAGUGUUAAUUGGGGAAUAUGGAAAGUCAGGUGAAAUGACUGGAAAAAUUUAAUGAAUUAAUGACUUAAUGAGAUAAUGAGUUAAUUGCAAGCUCUGGUCUGUCCUUUGAGAAAUAGUGGCUUUAUCUUGUUCAUCUUUUCUUUUCUCAAAAUCACUUAUAAUGGGUCAUAUUCCAUAGUUUCUGCUUUCCUAAACACACGCUGUCUGUCCCUUCCCUCUCUCUACUUUCAUUCUGCCUGGUUUUUCUAAAGGUUACCAAGGAGGAGACCAAUAAUAAGAAAUAAAUAGAAAGAAGUUUUUGAAAAAUGCAAGGGGAAAAAGUUAAAGAAAGCUGGAAUGAAUGCUUCACUUGUUGGCUAUUACCACAAUUACCAUACUUUAGAAAAUAUGCAGGGAAUAGUUAAUUAUGACUAAAUGAGCUCCUUUUAAAGUCCAUGGCAGGCCCCAGGAUCCAACUGUCACUACUGUGAAACGUAUUGAAUUGGAAGGCUGGUAUCCCUGUCAGCAAGUAGGAUGGUCUGCCUGAAUAAAACAGACAGUGAAAAGAUAUCUGGUUUAGAGUAGCCUCAGACAAGGAAAACACGUACAGCAUUUGCAUACUUUUCCUGCAAAAGGGUUUAAUCCAAAGAAAGGAGGAGAUUUCUGUAUUGUCAACCAGGGCUUUGUUCAGGAUGAAGAGUAGGAGGAAAUCUGAUGAAGGGGUCUUUCUGAAAGCUUUGCUCUCAGCCAUGAGGUUGUCCUAGCAAAGUUAUAUAUUUGCAGAUUGUUUACAUAUUAUUGUCUGCUUUAAGGUCUGCUAUAUUCAAAAGACUCAAAGUAUUCUGUUCUUGUUGCACAGAAACAAGGGCUUUGUGUGGUAAAAAUGACUGCACUCUAAAGCUGAAACAAGUAGCUUUCUACUCUGUAUGCAAAACACCCUUAUUCUCAUCAAAAUCAAAACACAAAAUAUUUGCAAGUCUGGAAAAAGGGAACAGAAAGUAGAUGCUAUAUACUAAAAGUAUGCAUAACUUUAGGUAUAGAAGUCUAUACUUGUUACAAUUUUUGCUUUUGCCAAAAAAUAAACUGUGAAGAAAAGAACAAUUGAGGAAAAAAAAUUCAAGAGGUGAACAGUAGGUUGUGUGUUUGAUUCCAAAAAUGUUUCUCACAAAGACUUUUCUCAGUUAUUUAUUGCAUAUAUUAAAAAAGGAGAUAUGAGUACCAAGUACUAUUAAUGCUAAACUAGACAAAUUGUCCUUAAUCUUUAGACUGACUAAAUGCAGCUCCAACACUUCUCCUCUGUUAUCCAUAGCAAUUUUUAUCAUUUGCAUUUUACAAGUAAAAGAAGUUAUAUUCAGCAAUAUAGAAAAGCAAAUCUACUGGGGAGUAGUAAUCUUGGCAACACAAAUAGAAAUAGAUGUAUUGACAGCACAUUUGUUGUCACAAUCUUCUGUAGACUAGAUUGAUUUCAUUAGGGGACUGAAGUGCUGUCCUUGGUUGAGGUACGUAAAAGAAAGAAAUUGUAAACAGUGAGAUCAAAAGGAUUUGAAAUAUAAGUUGUACAUAAAGAUACUUGUACAUACAGACUAUAUUUCCUGCAUGCAGGAAACCAGACUUUUAAGUUCUUUUGCAUGUGUUUAUCUCAAAUGACAUAUGAAAUUCCUGAGUAAUAUAAAAUUCGCUUUGUGCACCAAAACUGAUGAUUUGAUAAAUUCGUUAAAGUACCUCAACUUUCUUUUUUAUUUAUAAAGCAAAAUUUCCACACCUUAAUCUAUUAAAUAACUGUUACUAUAUGGACUGAGAUUGAAUUGAAAAUAAUAUUGUGGAUUGUAUCUCUCAGUGCUCCAUGAUUGAGAUUUCUUCUUGAAAUGCAUAUUUCUGACUCUUGAUUUUUUAAAUAAUAAUAAUAAUAAUAAUGAUAAUAGUUAUUACUACUACUACUACUAUUGGCUGUAGAAGUUUGCAACAAACUCCUUUUCUUGGUACCAGUAUCAGGCAAAUUGUUAUCGGCCAUAUGUAUAAACUUGUCUUUAAAAUUUUAUAAUUUUGUGGGACUACUUACAUGGAUGUUACUGCAAUAAGAACCAUUAGUUUAUGUACUUUAAUAAAUGAGGGUGGCUCUUUGUGUCUUUCAUUGUUUCUAAAAAAUACUAAGCAUAUGAAGUAUUUCAAAAUACGACUAAAAACAAGCUUGUCAUCUCCAUUAACAAAAUAUAUUGAUUCAAUGUGGGUUUUUCUUUUAAGAAAAUAUACAAGCUUACUGAAGUGUUCUGCAGGUUACUAAAAAUAUAGAAAAUCAUAAUCAGCUUUAUGUCAUAGGUCUGAAGGUUUGAAAAAAUGUUAAUAACAUCUUCCCAUAUAUUUGUAGAUUUGCAUCUGGUUUUUGAGUUGGUAUAUGGCUAUGGUUGGUUCUCUAAAAUGAGGGAUAAAAGUAGGUCCAGGAGACUUUUGUAAAAACAUUUGGUUUAAUAGCUUCAAAACAUAUGGGGAUGCCUUUGCAUAUAAUAUAACAGUAUUUAAACAAGUUUAAUAAAAGGGGAAGAAAAUGCAUUCUUGGUAACUAUAAGUGGUGCAUUUUGGGGAAAUAAAUCCAGAUCACUCCAAAUACAGUAAGUAACACUUAUUCUGAACACACUAUGCAGAUUGAUACAAAAUACGGCUGUAUUUAAAUCUUAAAUGUUUUAAACAGAAUAUAUUUUAGGAUUUUAUUAAUAUUUUGGGAAAUAGAUUUAUUGUGGAUAUGUUAAUUUAAAGGCAAUAGCUCAAAUUAAAGUGAGUUGAGUGAAUUAUAUAUUUAUCCAUUAAUUCAUAGAUCUAACAAGAGAUAAUUGAUUCUCUCACACUAUCCUCCCCAAAGAGUGACUGUAAAGAAGUGAGGGACCUGUCAGAGCAAUUUUUGGAUACUUCAGAGGCUACAAAAUAGAUUUCACUCAGUGUUUCAUUAGAUAGUACCUAACUUGUGUUUCAGGCCUCUAAAGUGAUAUCCAAAUGGUGUCAACGUUUUGUACUUAACUGCAGUAUUCUGCACUGGCUUACAUGUGAAGACACGUAAUCCUAAAUGUGAAUGAGGAGGUCUGAUGAAGAGCAACUCCACUGCUAAAAUUUUGAAAAUUGCACAAGUUUCUAAUACUGUGCUGAAUUUUAACUGUAAUUUUGAAUUAGCAAUAAAUUAAUUGCUUGGUGAUUUUUAGAAAAUGACCAAUAGGUGCUAUAGCUUUUUAAGAAGAAAGAAGAACCACAAAACAGUAUAAUGCUAAAGGUAUAUUUACUUGACACUAACUUAUAGGAAUGUGGGUGGGGAUAAAACUAAGGUUUUGAUGCAAAGGAUUGAACAAUGUAAUGUUGUCUCUAAACUAAACUAAUUCAUGGAGAAACAUACAGCUCCGGGGGCAGUACAAAUGAAAUGAAGAAUGGGUAGAAUCCAGCUCCUCUGACCCAAUCACGCCAUACAAGCAGGUGUUUUGUUUUUUAAAUGGGAAGAAGGCUUUUAGUCAGUGAUUAUAAAUUAUCCCUGGCUAGCUAGAAUAAACUUUGCCCUCUUUGCCACUUGCCAUUUUUUUCUGUUAGAAGCCUGUCAGAAUUUGGGGGGUGGGGAUGGGGUACUAAAUAUACGUCUUUGUUGUUGAGCUUGUCAAGCACACCACUGUGUUCCCUUUCCCACCAGGAAGGUCAGACCGCUGGGGGCCAUGCUAUUUUCUGAAAUGAUCCCUACUGUCUGUCCAUGCUGUCUGACAGAUUGAAACAGUUGUCUGUGUCACUGUGCUUUCAACGCUUUUUAAAUGCUUCACUUUCCAUGAAAGAAAUAAAAUAUGUAGGCAACAAGAGAAUAAAAUGGUGAAGGAGCUCCAGUCUUUCCUAUGUUUUCCUCUACCUUUGUACUAAAUCAACCAAUCGAAACCUUAAAAGUUUUUUUCAAUGACCAUACGAGAAAAGAUGUAUGGUAUAUAAUAGAUUUAAAAGAAAAUAGGGUAACAAAUGAUUAAAUAUGCAGUGCUUCCAUUGUUAUAGUGAAAUAUUUCUUUUGUUCACUUAUAUUUCCUUUUAAUAUAUUUUGAUCCGAGGUAUGCAUAAAGCCUGAAGUGCUGUGUCGAGCCUAGAAUACUCUCUAGAUAAUUGAACUAAUCAAAUCUUUACUAACAUUAACACAACUGCAGCAUUCCUCGGACAGUGGUUAAUUAUUGCAGGAACAUGGCAGGCUUCAGCUAAACAGAUGAAAAUAAGAGUUCUGUGGAAUGGUUAUUGAGUUUAUUCUUUAUUCAUCUUUUGAUAAGGUUUAAUUAAAAUUGCCUCUCCCUAUUGUGGUGUGAAUGAAUGCGCUUGUUUUCUUAGUGAAUGCCAAAUUAUUCACUUCAGCCAUGGUUCAGCAAUCAAAGCUGCCUCAAAGUUUUGGGUUAUACUGUAGCUGGGUAGAUAUAAUUGCUGAAACUCUCACUAUGAAGGCUUUAUUAUUUCCUUGUUUCUUUAUUUUAAAAAAUACUUUGAAGAAUUGCAGCAUUCUUUUUGAGCUGCAGUUAAAUUCCGCAGAUGUUGAUGACAUUUAAAAAUUCAAAAUACUUAUUUAAGCCCCCCUUUUGUAUAAUAGUAAAAAGCAAUACUGUAAUGUUGUUAUUAUUGCAAUUAGUAAUUUUUAAACUAGCCCACAAAUUGAACAAAAUUUGAAACAUUUGAACAUUUAGUCAAAAGCUGAACUUUGACUCAUAUAUGUGGGAGGGAAAAAAGCCCUAUCUGUAUUUUUAGUGGUGAUGCUAGUCUGAAGUUAUGACUCAUUACAUAGAUAUGCUAGAUAGUGAUGGUUUUUAAAGGCAAAGGUGAUAAAAAAAAUACCAAUGCCAGGCCCAAUUUAUAAGGUCAGAUGCUCUUUCCAAAAAUCUGUUUCAUAGAGAUCUACCUCAAGGAAAGUAGUUUCCUUAUUUAUGUAGCUUGGGUUUUCCAGGCAUCAUAUUGCCCGCCAUUCCACGGAUGGUGGAUGGUGGGCAGAAUCAGGAAAACAUAUUAGAUGUCUAUAAAACAAUGUCAGCAACUUAAUUUCUGUAUAUAUUCACAAACUGCAAGUGCAUGUGUUUGUGGUUAUAAUGAAUAAUUCAUGUUGUACUACAUAACUGAGAGACUUUCCACUAGGUUUCUUUGGCAAAUAGAGUAUUUAAGGACUGAAAGGAAGGAAAGCAAUUAUUUGCAGUAACAUGGAUCUCUAAUAACUUUCCUUGUCAUGAUCCAGUGCUAUUUUUAAUGGCCGCGAGCAACCAGUUGCAGUGAAUUAUUCACUUGCACCCAUUUUGGUCUUUUACAAGUGAUUCUGUAAUGUUUUGUAAUAAAUAAGCUAUAUAGAUGGGACUGCAUGAUUAUGUACACCUCAGGGACAGUUUAUCUGGACUUUAAUUUUGGACAAACAUGUUUUUUUCCAGUUUCCAAGAUGGUUGCCAUUUCAUUACAGCUGUUUGAAAUGAUUGACAAUUUAAGCAAGAUUACAGGUGAUCUAUCCCUUAGAUUACUCUACCAAAUACCUUUAAACCAGUUACUAAAAUUUUCAUUUCAAACAGCUGUAAAUCAGUGCCUGUCAUCAGUAAUGGACUGGAUGAGGGCAAACAAAUUGAAACUUAAUCCAGAUAAGACAGAAGUACUUCUAGUCAGUCUGAAGGCAGGCCAGGGAAUAGGGAUUGAGCCUCUGCUAGAUAGGGUUACACUCCCCCUUAAGACACUGGUUCACAAUUUGGGGGUCCUCCUGGAUUCAGUGUUGAACUUGGAGGCCCAGGUAUCUGCAGUAGCCAGGAGGGCCUUUGCACAAAUAAAACUUGUGUGCCAACUGUGCCCAUUCCUUGAGAAGAUAGAUCUGGCCGCUGUGGUACCUGCCUUAGUUACAUCCCAUCUGGAUUGCUAUAAUGCACUCUAUGUGGUGCUGCCUCUGAAGAGUGCUCAUAAACUUCAGCUGGUCCAAAGAGUUGCAGCCAGGUUGCUCACUGGGGCUGGCUACAGGGAGCGGACAACCUCCCUGUUACUGCAGCUGCACUGGCCCCAGUCUGUUUCCGGGCACAAUCCAAUGUGCUAAUUAUGACCUUUAAAACCUUAGAUGGUUCCAGUCCAGGCUAUUUGACAACCACAUCCCCUUACACAAACCUGUCCAGGCCCUUCUCUUGGUCCUACCUCCAUAUCAAGCAUGAUUAGUGGGAAUGAGAGAGCAGGCUCUGACAGCAGGCUAAAACCUUUUUAUUCAGACAGGCUUUUAAAGAUGACAGUUUUUAAGAUCAAUUCAGGAGGUGCUGUGGUUCUUAACUUUGAAUUUGUUUUAAUAGUUUUUAACUGGGAUUUUUAAAAUACUGUUUAUAUUUAAUCCUGUUUUAAUGUUGGAGGACCCGCCUGGGACCUGUAACUCUUCAGUGCCCUAACUUUGAUGAAUAUCACUGUUAGAGGUUUGCAUUGAGGUAUGAAUUGACCAGGACUUUAACCUUCUCCUAUUUUUUUGGACUACUAAUUCUGAAUACAGAGAAGCAAUGUAGCUUACACCUAUUCAGCCAACUUUCUGUCAAGAAAAUAUACUUAAAAUUCUAAAUCUGAGCUUAAGCUGUGCAUUACAUUAAGUGUGUGUUUGAUCUUUUUCUUCUACCAACAGCAGCCACAGGGAGCUACCAAUAUACCUCUGGACCAUGAAGGAAUGGGACUUAACCCUUUUAUACACUGCACUAUUUUCAAGUACUAUCUGCAAUAGAUGAUCUUUAGAGAAAAAACAGGAUAUGGAUUUUUUAAAUUUCUCAACAGCUUUCUGCUUGCAAUCCCCAGCAUCCCCCAAAACCUGUUUUUUGUGAAAUAAAGAUAUCAAAUAGCCGUAAACUUUUGCUUAGCAUAACAUAGUUUUAAAAUUACUCAUGUAUUUGUUCAUAAUCACAUUUGGUAUGGUCAUAAUAUAAUUUGUUUUCUAGGGUUUUAAACCUCCUUUUCAUAUAUGCUCUAAAUAAUAGUUCGAAUAUAAUGCUGGAAAAGUGUUGAACUCCAUCAACAAGCAUCAUAAUAUAGCAUUACAUUUACAUCUUGAAUGGAGUUCCCUCCUUUUGUAUUUAUUUUUUUUUGCCUUAGCAUACAAAUGUGUAAUGGUGAAAAAAUGAUUGACUCGUAGAACAGGGGUCUACAAUGUACUGAUUUCAUGCUCAGUUGUUGGCUAACAAGCUGCCAUAGUUUCAUUUAUGGAAGCCCAGUUGCAAAAGAUGAAGGAUUGUUAGGCCCAGCUGCCAAGGUUACAGAGCAUGCUGCUUAAAAGACUUCAGGGUUCACAGUGUGAGGGGAAUUGUCUCUGCCCAGCAGGUAAGGAAUAGAUUUAGACAGAGUCUGUUGUGCACAAGAUGCUGACUGGCCUAAGCAAUUCAUAAAUCCCCAUCAGUCUCCUCCCAUUCCACUGUGUACAUGUUAACUAUUGCAAAGCUGAUCUGGAACAGCUUGCUUUUCAAAACUGGCAUGAAAGAUCAAGUGCUGUUUCUAACUAUUUUAUUGUGAUACACUGAGCAGCCUAUGUACAGCAGAACCUGGCCUGACUGUGCAGAUUUAUGUUAGAAAUUGAAGAGCUUUUCCUUUCAAUAUAACUGUGUAAUUACUCAAAAAUUUGGAUUGCCUAGCUCUUCAGAGCAGUAACAGAUUAGUCAGCCACCAAGCAGCAAUUCCUUUCAUGAAGGGGGAAUCAAUAUGACAUGUUGUGAUGCUCUCAGAGUAAGAGCUUUCAGGUUCUUUCUUACCUACGAUCUUGACAACUGAAGCAUAGCAGAUCUUUCAGCCUGAUAUUUACUGUCAAGGUUUGCCAUCUUGACAUUUGCAUCCGAUCUUUAUCUAGCUCUGCAUGUUUGAUUGUGGGAUUUGGGUGAGGUUUUCUCCCAAGUUAAAUAGGUUUUGUUUGAAAUACUGCCCAGCAAGACUUUGACAGUCACAAUGUAAUAGUCUCUAUUCUAAAAAAAAAGUUGUUUUUGUUUAGAGAUGUUAAAAGAUAUGAUGUAAUUAAUUGACAAAUGUUGCAGUAAUUCAUAGAAUACUUGUCAGCUUAUAUAAAAAUGAAGGCUGUUCAGUACUACCAGUUGUGAUGACCUGGCACCUUGUAAAGAUCCAUUUCAUCAUCCCAGCACAUAAGCUAUCAGAACCAACUUUAAAAUAAUUCAUUCUCAUUCGAUGGCACUGUGGCUAUACCACUAAACAUAAAAUAAGGGCUAUAAGAGUCCAGUUUGAUUGACUAAACAUGCAUAAUAAUUAUAGUGAAAAACACAUUUUUUUUUCAAUUUUGAAAGGGAGGUAAUUGAUGGAGGUCUGUUUGUUUGCUACUGUUGCUGAGCUAGACUGUUUACAGAGUCAUAUGUUUAUUCAAUUAAUGCUUGAUAUUACUUGCAGAUCUGGUUUCCUUGGUAGUUGGACAUCCUGUAGAAUUACAGUUGUACACAAGUUUUCUUACAUAAUUGAAGCGACUUCAGCUUUCUUCACAAGUACAUUCACAUGACCUGAGCCAUCUAUAGAUACCCAAUCAUGAUUGCUUGGUUCCACGUUAGUAGAGUAGUGAAUUUUAAAGGUCCAGGACCCUAUGUGUAAAAUAGGGCCAGAACCUUGAGUUUCUUAUCAUUUUGGGAUAAACCCAUAGUGGAUUCACUACGUUAAUGACUUAUAAGUCAAAGGCUGCCAUAACGGAUACCACAGCUUUCAAUAUCAGUUGUAGCUGUGACAGUACACAGUGACUAUCAUAACUGGAAUUGAUUUGAUUGAUUCAGGAUUUUUUCAGAUUCUGUAAAUCUCUAGAAGAAAACUAUCUAAAUUGGUAUCAUACCAAUUCAAUCUCCUAAUCUUCCAGUCCAAGAGCCAGUGUGGUACAGUAGUUUGAUUGGAAUAUGACAUGAAGACCAGGGUUUGAAUCCGUGUUCAGCCAUGGAAACCCACUUUCAUAACCUUGCAUAGGUCACCCUCUCUCAGCCACAAAGAAAGGCAAUGGCAAACCCUUUCUGAAGAUACCUUACCAAAGAACCCAUGAGAGUGUUUACUUAAGAUCUCCAAAAGUUAGAAACAAUGUGAAGGCACACAGCAGCAACAACAGUCAGUCUGCCAUUGCCAAACCAACCUUCACAGGAAAAUAGUAGUGGCUUGUGCAGCCUGUAAUGAGCUUUCUUGAGCCUUCCUUGAGAAAGCUGGGGGACUUUUCAAAUAAUCAAAAUAAUGACCAGAUUCAGAAAACUCUUUAUUUCUCAUAUAUGAUUGACACACAAAAAACCCCUACAAUUUUGCAAAUGUGAAGGUUUUGUAGGCCAUAACUAACAGAGCAUAGUCUAAAAGCAUGCAAUGCACACAGAUCAAGGUUUUAUACAUGUGGUGGUUAUCUGUGAGUGCUGUCUUUUGAUAAAGAUGAUGAGAUAGGACAUGAAUGAAAUCAAUAAAGCAACAAAUCUUCACAGUGCUCUGUGAAGUAUGAAUAUAUUGUUUUGUGUAGACUUUGAAAUCAUUCUUACUUAUGGGUUAUUUUUAAGAAAAAAACCUCGCUAAUCUUUUUAAAGUGUAUUUCUGCAUUGCUAUUGUGUUCAACGGUUUGAUACCAAGCUGCCUUCUGCUGACAGAAGCUGCCUGCCACUCUCAGAAAGUCCACUUUGCCCUGGAGUAUUGUUCAGAAGUGAAAAUAAAUCCAAGGGAGCCCUUCCACUUGUUUAGGAAUUUGUACAAUUGAAAGCAUGUAAAAGCUUAUACAAGCUCUUUAUAACAUAUUCUUGUUAUGGCAGUGCUCAGUAUCUUGAAAAAUUCUUGGAGAACACUAGUAUGGAACAACACCAGCAGCUAUUUUUUGUUGUGAAUUCUUUCAUUGAACCCACUCUUUUUAAAAGCAUUUACUAAAAAGCUAGAAGUACUGUAAAGUCUCAGCAGAGUUUGUACAACCACUGGGAUAUGGAACAUUUAUUCUGAAAGUAGACAGUUCAGUUCCGCCUAGGUUCUCUUGCAUUUUAGCUGAUUUACUUAUCCUUGAAUCAUAGUUGUAUUGCAAAAAAGCACAAUGUCUCUCUUGAACAGAUAUUCCUAGCUACCAAAAGGAUCCAAGUCAAAACUAUAAAUAUGUCAAGACUAUUUUUCAGUUUCAGAAUCUCCUAGUGAUCCAAGGUUGGGGGUCUCAAAACAAAACAAUAGUGGGGAAACAGAUACCUACCUGCCACAGAUAGAUGUAGAGUGAAGAUGUUUUCGUUUAAAAGAGAGGCAGCUGAGAAACAGUUAUUUGAUCCCUGCUGCUUGAGGAACAGUAGGGAAACAACAGUAUUUUUGUGAUCACUCAUCAGUGAUCUCUCUACAGUUUGAUUUCAACAACCCAACAAAACCACAGAUUGUUAUAGCAACAAUACACUACAGUGGCAUUAUGUUGCAAACAUUAUGUGUGGUAAUAUCAAACAUAUGUAUUGUUAUAUUGCUUCCAGACCUAUGAUGUUAAGUUUUCUCAAGCAUUUUUCAGCUGUACUGUCAAAACUUACAUAAUAAGUGGUGCAUUAAUUAAUUUUGUGGCUGUUUCUCUCAAUUUCUAUCACCCAACACAACCAUUUUUAGUUAGAAUUCAUUGUAGUCAUGGAAAUAACUAACAAAAAAAGCUGUAGAGUUUUGUGUGUGCGUGUGUGUGUACACACACACACACACACACACACACACACACACACACAUAUAUACAGGCAGUCCCCAAGUUACAAACAAGAUAGGUUCUGUAGGUUUGUUCUUAAGUUGAAUUUGUAUGUAAGUUGCAACAGGUACAUUUUAAAAUGUAACUCCAGCCAUAUACAUAUCAUAUUCAUGCAAGAUUUGGAUAGCAUUUGGUAUUUCUUUUAAUUGUUUUUAAAUUGUUGUCUUAUAUGCUAUUGGUUUUACUUUUUGCAUUGUACUGUGUGUUUAUUUUAUGCGUUGUUUUAGCCACUUUGUUUCACUUGUAAGCCACCCCAAGUCCCUUCGGGGUGAUGGAGGCAGGGUACAAAAAUAAAGUUAUUAUUAUUAUUCUAUUAUUAUUUUGCUAUCUGUGCCCAUGUUCAGAAGAUUUCACCUCACUUUCUGUCCCAGUGAUAAUUGGAUUUUGAAAAAUUGUGCUUGUUGUGGAAGCAAAGAUUGGUGAUAAAGCUUCAGUGGAGACACCUUUUCCCAUGGUAUCUCUUUCAGAAGUGAAUUUCCCUUUCUAGGAGCUUUCUUUCACUUCCAGUGGUCUCACCCCAUUCUUAACUAUGAAUCAUUUGUAAGUUGGAUGUUUGUAACGCAGGGAUUGCCUGUAUAUAUAUGUAUAUAUCUUUAGAGAGAGAGGUUACCAUCACGAGAACAGGCAAAUUGUGGCCUAUGGCUGGAUUUUUUAUAUAAAAACAUCCAAACUGCUCCUAUACCUUUAGCCCACUUCCCACCGUAGCAAUUGGACUCAUGUGUGGCACUCAUGAAGCCUCCUAAUUAUGUUGAAUUGAAAACGGCAGCAAACUGUAGCCAGCAUAGCUAAUGGUGAGAAAUCCAGACUACCUCAUUAUUCCCACCACUGCUAUAGUUUAAACUGAUGAGUUGAUGGAUAAACAUGAAUGCCUCUGAUUUUGUUCUUUAUCAGAGACAAAGUAUUUGAUUUCCAUGCUGUGUGUGCAUGUAUAAUACUUACAAAUCUUCUAACUAGAGCUUUGAAAAAACAGUGGCCAUGAUGGCUGGGGGAAUGGGGCAGUUAUAACAAAAACAACUUUUUCAAACUCUGCAUUUAACUACAUGUUACAUUCAUUCCCGCCUCCAAAUUUCUUUGCUUAUUUCAAGAAAAUUACUUUAGGAAACGGUGCUUUGGACUAACUGUACAUUAAGUAAUGCGCUGACACACAUCAUAUGUCUACUUGUCCUUUGGUUUAUUUUGUACGUCUGUUUAGUUUCUUUGUGCAGUUUGUGUGUCUCUCCUGUAGUGCAACUGAUGAGGAUAAUUUGGUAAAAUCAGCAUUUAGCUGAGAGGUCAAAUGAAUUGUUGUGCUCAGACUACAUGCAGAAUCAUAGAAUCAUAGAGUUGGAAGAGACCUCACAGCCCAUCCAGUCCAACCCACUGCCAAGAAGUAGGAAACCCACAUUCAAAGCACCCCUUCAGCAGUAUUAUGAGAAACUGUGGUGUGCUAUCCAACUGUCCAUUUCACUUUUCUUUGUACAUAGACCACAGUUAACCAUCUUGGCAGUUUGAUAUCACUUUGAUAGACACAAAGUGACCUUAUAUACACACACUCCCGCGUACUCUGUGGUUUUCCAGCUCCCACUUGGCAGGAAUUCGGAGAUGUUGAUGGAACCCUCGAAUUUAACAGAGCAGCUGCAUUGACCUCUCACCCUUCACACUGGUUCUGACAGCUGCCUGCCAUGUGCAGAGAAAACCUUGCAGACUCACAUUUCUGUCCUGAAGGAAAGAUCUUUAGAAAAAUAUACAAAUCCUACCAUGGAUACUACUUUAAAAAUAAACAUUUAAAAAGUUGGUGUUUAUGCUUUUAUGCUACUGAAGACAUAACACGUAGGUUUCCAAGAUAAUACUUAUUUGUUUUUUUAAAAAUGUACUCUCUAGAAAAGGGCACGUAAAACAAACUCGGUUUUGUCAUAAACCUCAAACUACACAGAACAACUCCAACCUGAAGUUGGCACAUCUUAAUUUAAAUUUGUUAGGUUUUGGCUUCUGCCAAUAUUAAGCUACAUAGACAAAUGUAUUCCAAGAUUUCUGAAGUAAUUGACCACUGGCCGCUUAAAAACUCAAUGCUUAUUUGUUUGGGGGGGGGG